AUGUGUUUUUGGCCCGAUGUAAAAAGUCAUUUCUGCACUAGUGCGAUUGAUCUGAGCCGUUUAAACAAAAUCGACUAUGACGACUUGACGAGAGAAGAGUGCAGGUCUAUGAUAGCAAAGGCUUCACAGGAUUGGGGUUUCUUCCAAGUUGUAAAUCAUGGAAUUUCAAGUGAGAUUUUAAGGUUGUUAAGGUUUGAGCAAGAGAAAGUGUUUAAACAACCUUUUGAAGAGAAGAGAAAAGAAGAUAAGUUUUUGAAUUUUUCAGCUGGUAGUUACCGUUGGGGAACACCAACUGCUACAUGCAUUAAACAGUUAUCUUGGUCUGAAGCAUUUCAUAUUCCUUUGACUGAUAUAUUAGGAAGAUCUACACGAUCAAACACUCAUCUUAGUUCAAUAAUUGAACAAUUUGCCACCACAGUUUCAAACCUUGCACAAACAUUAGCUGAUAUACUAGCUGAAAAACUAGGCCUCCAUUCAACUUUCUUCAAAGAAAAUUGCUUGCCCAAGACAUGUUAUCUUAGAUUGAACAAAUAUCCUCCAUGUUCUCUUGAUUUUAGGAUUCAUGGCCUAAUACCACAUACAGAUAGUGAUUUCCUCACCAUAUUAUAUCAAGAUCAAGUUGGAGGUUUACAAUUGGUCAAAGAUCGAAAAUGGAUUGCAGUUAAACCAAACCCUAAUGCUCUUAUAAUCAACAUUGGAGACUUAUUUCAGGCUUGGAGCAAUGGAGUCUAUAAGAGUGUUGAACAUCGAGUUGUGACAAAUCCAAGAGUUGAAAGAUUCUCCAUAGCAUAUUUUUUGUGUCCUUCAAAUGAGACCGUGAUUGAGAGUUGCAAUGAGCCUUCUGUUUACAAGAAAUUUAGCUUUGAAGAAUAUAGACAACAAGUUCGUGAUGAUGUUCAAAAACUAGGUUCUAAAAUAGGUCUACCUAGGUUUCUAAAAAAUCAUGAAACUAUGUAG